AUGCCUCCAGCGAAUCCAUGGAAUUCACAGCAUGAUGACAUUUGUGGCGUCCUUUUCAGGACUCCGUUAUCGCAGCAGUGGCGUCUGGCACAUGACCGCGGACUAUAUCUGACCAUCAAUCUACAAGAUAUGAAACACAAAGAGACGCUAAGGUUAAAGUUCGCGGAUGCGGCACUGAACUGCCACUCUAUUGCUUGUCCUGUCAUUAAUCAAGGUAUCGUUUCAAUAAUGUUGGAGUUCCAUGGCUUCGAUUUGCCAGAGCUCCGCGCCCCUCGCAUGAACCUUGGGUGGCCAGCCUGGGGACCAUGUGAUUCCUUGCAAAGUUCGCGUUGCUCAAAGAAUACCCUCAAGGUCAUAUUUUACGCAGGGAAUGAUCAACUUCAGCUAAGCAUCCAAUAUGGUAUUUAUUUGGUCAAACCCCCGACCACCUGGCAGCACUUUUCCGAUGUUCUCACGGUCUGA